AUGUCAAUACGUCCCAGUCCAAAUGAUGAUAUUCCCGAAACUUCUUUUGAGGACAUUGAAACGACUUUAAGCCCGAUCAAUAGAUAUAAAAAUGGCUACAAUCAAUCUUCUCCGUUGCGUAAACAAAUGCCUCCGCCAUCGACUACCAGCUCCGAAAGUACUACAUUCUCGGGGAAUGGGAACAGAUACUCUACACAUACGGAGAGUGACGAUGCUGAUGAAGAAGGUAAGAAUUUUUUAGACGAGUUCGAGGAAUUUCACGACAAGGAUGAAUAUCAAGACAUCAUCAAAGCACAUUUUGACGGAAGGAAAAGAAGUAAUGAGAAGAAAACGGGAAUGGGAGGUUUAAACGCUUUCGCUGAGGAAAAUGGCGAUAACAUUGAUGAGUUGGCUGACCAGUUUGAUCAGAAUUUGACUUUGCGGGCUAGGAAGAGUUCAGAGAUACCGACGUUGAAAUUGGACAAAAACGCGAAACAACCGAACGUGAGUUUGAAAAAAUCGAUACGAAUGCCGAAAUCUUUUGAGCGCGUUUCACGCCGUGGUAUUGGAAACAGCAGGUCUGCCUCCAACUUGCGUGUCAACUGGGAAAGGCCGGCGCCCACGAAUCUGAGGUACAAGAAAUCGAUGCCGUUGUUAUCGCGCGAAGGUAUAAUUAAUGAAGAAUAUGAAGACAACAAUUAUGAGGAAGAUUUUGAGGACGAUUUCAAGUUUGAGAAAAAUAUGUUACAACCUCAGUUCUUGAAUCGAGAGCCCCAACUAAAACCCAUUUCUCCCAGGCAAUACACGAUAACAACUGAUGAAACGCUUUUGACCCCCCAGCUUCACUCAAGACACAAAGAUUGGGUAAACCCUUCGAAUCUCAAUCAUUUCAAAGAACAACAAAGACGCAAGGCACGAGAAUCUGGAUCGUAUCGAAAGAACCGAGAAUCUGUGAAUCACAGGCUAAAGACUAUAAAGCAAGAAAUUGAUCAAAAUACGCCCAUCAAGAAGGGGAAAAUGAUAUACAAUCCAGAAAAACGGACUUGGGAAGGCAAUGAGCAAUCCUUGUUGAGAUUUCGUGAUGUUGACACCGCCGAGAAAAAGGCCAUUGUAAUAACAGACAAGAAACUGCCAUAUUCCUCAGGAUCUCGAGCAAGAAUUUCAGAUGCCAAACGUCAAUCAAACCCUAAAAUAGUUGGAAAGAUGAUGUUUGACGCGCAGAACCUUCAGUGGCUUCGCGUUGACGGGCAAGAAGAAGAUCCCUUUGCCGAUAUUCCAGACUAUAUACCCGUCACUAUACCACUCGACGGCGGUCCUCAACGUAGUGCUACGGCGAUGAUUCCGCAAAGUUCUCAUCGCGAUCCAACCAAGAAAAGAUUUUCGUCAACUGCUACAACCAGAUUCCAUUCACUCUCAACCACCCCUUAUGAUUUCACAUUUCAAAUUGACUCUCGUACCUUGGAAAAGUUCUAUCAUGAGGAAAAUCGAUGGAGCAAGAAGGUGGGAGGUUGGUUCAUUUUGGAUGACCCUGACGUCACGUCCACGAAUAACGACCAAAAGCUUCCUGAUCCGCAAAGCAAAAAUUUCAUGUAUGAAAUUCGCAAUAUGGUGAUAAGUUCUGCAAGAAAUUAA